AUGCGAGCGGUACUUCCGGGGAGACCCCCAGCGAAGCUCCAUGCGUUCAGCACCGCGCUGUGGGAUGGACUCCGCAUAGUGGUGUACAUAUCCGGCCACGCCCUUGUGAUCCUCAGCGACCCGCAAACACUGCUUCAAACGAUUUACGUUGACGAUACCGAGAAACUCGAAGCCGUCACGUUCGAUGAAGCAUCUGGAAAGAUCGCUGUAUGCGGGGGACCAGACAUUUUCGUGUAUCAGCCUUAUGGUAUCAAGGGAGAGACUCUGAAGUGGUCUCUUGCUUCCACAUUUCGCGCCCAAGAUGAUACUGAGUCGAUAUAUACCCUCUCCUGGGGUUCGCCAAAUGAAUUGCUGGCUGGCAAUUCACGCCUCGCACUGUGGAUGUUGAAUGACACUCCUCGUCUAGUCUGGAAACGGCAUCUAGCAACACCGGUCAAGUUCGCGCAGUUCUCUCCAGAUGGAUCUUUAGUGGUAACAGUCGGGCAAUAUGACCGAUUGGCCAAGGUCUGGAGACGACUGGCGUUCGGUGAAGAUGAAGUUCGAUUUGAGAUCUCAUAUCUUCCACACCCUGACCUCAUCACUGGGAUACACUGGCGACUACCAUACCAUCGUGACCAGUCUGUUGAAAAUGUCCUCUACACGCUCUGCGCCGACAACAAGAUCCGGAUUUUUGCGGUGACAGAUCAUCACGCCCUCACCCCACUUCAGUUCUGGGCCGAUAUUGAUAUGAAGCUUUCUGUCCAGCCACGAGACACGUCUGGAUUAGACCAGCACACGGAACGGAGAUACGGUUUCUUUCUGGAUGGUCGUGAUUUCUGUAGCGCAACAGAACGAGCCGUGGAGCGGAAUACAAGCUCCAAGCAGAAUCACGGCUUGGAACACAUCAUUGAGGUUGCCAAGCAGAGCCCAGAGAUAUGUGUUGUCAUUGAUGGGCAGGGCCAUCUGUCCGCAUGGGCCUUGGAAGACGUGGGCUCUAAAGUCAAGACGAAAGUGAGCGUUUUCAACAUUCUCCAUGUGGAGGGCCUGGAGUUCGGGUUCAUGCCCGGCUUGUCCGCAGUCGAGGAUUAUGCCCAAAUUCGCGCAUUCCAAAGCACCUCGACCGAGGACAGGCUUAGCUUUAUUCUGCAUCACUUUGACGGUCGCAUUGAAUGGUAUGAUUCGCAAGUGGACAUCUUUUUUGAUCCUUCCCCACGCAAGGAUCGACUGACACCAAGAUCAUCCUGGUCCGGACACACGGCGCCUGUGAAAAAGAUUGUGCGAAAUGCCAUUGGUGAUACCCUUAUAUCUCGUACAGACGAGAACAAGGCUAUGAUCUGGAGACAGCAGAAGCGAAAGAAUGGGUCAGCCCCCCUGCACAAAAGUAUUUUGCUCUCGGACGAACACAUUCAUCGAACUUGUCUACUGGAAGAUAGCAACCUGCUGGUCAAUCUUCAUCACAGUGGUAUCUCACUAUGGGAUUUCGAUACGUAUCACGCGAAACAGAUUGCAUCAUUGCCUUUCGAAUUGUCCAGCAAGCCUUUGUGUGUGCUUCCUCUGCCAAGACCCGAGACAGAAUUGAAGGUAUCCUAUGUGGCAACCAUUGGAGCUGAUGGAAAUGGCAUUGCGUGGGAAAUCGAGAGCGACUCAGCAAAGGGCCACCGAAUGCAAAAAUUCUGCAAUUUCGAGAUGGGCCUUAAGGAAGACUUGGCCUAUAUCCUGCCUGUCGACCCCGCAGGGCCGAAAGUCAAGUCAUCCGGAUUUUUCGACACAUUCGCACCCGAUAUUGCGCUUUCCUACACCCACAGCGGUAUCGUUCGAACGUGGACUGCCAAGGUGGAUCAAGCAUCUGCCAAGGUUGAAUGGCUCCUGAAGUCUACCGUAGACACCGGCAUCAUGAACCCAUCUUUAGCAAGCGGGAGUGAUAUUCGAAAGGCAGCGCUUGUGGAUGAAGGUCGUACCCAUUUGACAAUCUGGGAUACCAACAAUGCACAGCUCGAGUUUGAAGAACAUUUCACUCAACACGACAGUAUCACGGACCUUGACUGGACUUCAACCCCGGACAUGCAAUCUAUUCUUGCCGUCGGAUUCCCACAUAAAGUUGUAUUGCUCUCACAACUUCGCUAUGAUUAUCUGGACGCUCAGCCUUCCUGGACUCAGGUUCGAGAAAUUUGGAUUCGAGAUCUGACGCCACAUCCAAUCGGUGAUUCCUGCUGGCUUACAAAUGGGCAUCUUGUCAUAGGUGCGGGAAACCAGUUGUUCAUAUAUGACAAGGAUGUUGAUAUUGGUGAUCGUCUCGUGUCGCAUCUCCGCAUUCCCUCCCGAGGGCUGAAGUCGAUCGACAUGUUUGAUAUUGUCAGCCGGCUCAAUGGCCCGCUGCCGGUGUUCCACCCGCAGUUUCUGGCGCAAUGCAUAUUAUCUGGCAAAACUGGUCUUGUCCAAACCAUAUUGAUCAAUCUCCUGAAGAAAUUGAAAUUCUUCACGGAGGGUGACGAUCUGGACGGCUUCCUGGAUAUGCCGCUCAGCUAUUUCUACGAGGAGAGUGUUGCUGUGCAGCAAAUCGCCUCGAAAGAAAUGAGAUCUUCCUAUGCAGACAUGGCAAUCGAGGAGGAAAGCUCUUCUGUGGUCGAUGAGCAGACAGCUGCAAUUCUGAAUGAGCAUCUCGCACGCAUUGCCUUACCUCAGCUUACAAGUCACGAGCAAUUUCGACUCGUCGAUACUAUUGAAUGUGUGGCAACUGUUGAAAAGCACCGACGAUCUAUGGACGACAACGCCGCUCGUUAUCUACUAUUCUUUAGGCAACACAUGUUGAGGAAGAGUCAGGGUGUGGCGAAUAAGGAUACGGUCUCUUGGCGAGAAAUUGUCUGGGCAUUCCACAGCGGCAGUCAGGAUCUUUUGACAGACCUUGUGUCACAUCAGUUCAACGGCAAGCUGACCUGGAAGGCUGCCAGGGAAAGUGGGAUAUUCAUGUGGUUGUCAGAUUCGACAGCUUUGAAAGCACAACUCGAGGCUGUGGCAAGAAACGAGUACAGCAAGACCGAGGAGCGGAAUCCCAUUGAUUGCACUAUCUAUUAUCUAGCUCUUAAGAAGAAGAGCAUUCUGCAGGGAUUAUGGCGAAUUGCACACUGGCAUCGUGAACAAGCCGCCACACAACGUCUGCUUGCAAACAAUUUCAAUGAAGCACGUUGGAAGACGUCCGCUCUGAAGAAUGCCUACGCGCUGCUUGGCAAGCGUCGCUUCGAAUAUGCCGCGUCAUUUUUCUUACUUGCGGAUCAUCUACGCGAUGCUACGAACGUGAUUACCAACCAGAUGGGCGAUAUUCAGCUUGCGAUCGCCGUUGCACGUGUCUAUGAGGGUGACAAUGGCCCUGUCCUGCGGGAGAUACUCGAGGAGAAAGUCCUCCCCACCGCAGCCAUCGAGGGAAAUCGAUGGAUGGCCAGCUGGGCCUUUUGGAUGCUCGGUCGACGAGACAUGGCUGUGCGGUCGCUAAUCUCCCCAAUCGAGACUCUGCUCUCUCCAACACCGCUUUCCCCAGCAAGCCCUGGAAGAGCCACACUCCAGUCCAAAUCAUACCUUUCCAACGAUCCCGCCUUGGUUGUGCUCUAUCAGCAGCUGCGAGAGAAGACUCUUCAAACUCUCAAAGGCGCCUCGCAAGUUCGUCCCCGAGAAGAGUGGGAAUUUGUGCUCCGCAACGCCCGGCUUUAUGACCGUAUGGGGUGUGACCUGCUCGCGCUAGAUCUCGUGCGUCAUUGGGAGUUCCUCGGCGGUCCGCCUUUGCCUGGGUCAUUGCAGACGCAGCCUGCUCUCGAGUUCCGCGAUGGUGAUGUCGAUUAUCGUAAACUGCUUCGCCGGCGAAGCAGCCUUGUCGUCGCUGACCUGCCAUUGCGUCUCACGGAUGCCUCGAGAACAACCACAAGUGCGACGGAAAAGGUCGUCGACGACGAUACGGCGAAAGAGACCAAGAAAAAGCCGCCUCCAACCAUGUUCCAUGAACCUGAUGCGAACUCGCUGUUAGAUAGCUUUGGUUUCUAA